AUGUCACUACCAAAGUACAGAGUUAAAAUAGUGAAAGAAAGCGGCAAUACCGACAGCUCUGCCGCACACUGCGUAAAUCGUCGGAGAAUAAGUGUCCGACUGAAGCGACCGAAUCCGUUGUUCGAAAUGUGGUUGGAAGAGAUGAUUACAAAAGCGGAAGCGAAAAACACGAUGGGAAGAAUUGCGCUACAAAAAGCCCUGACAUCGUUGCGCAGGUAUCCGCUUCCACUGGCGUCAGGACGAGAUUGUAUUAUGCUAAUGGAUUUCGGUAAAACAAUCUGCGAAAAUCUCGAUCGACGCUUGAAGGCUUACCUUGCUAGCGGUGGACAAGUAAUCAACGAUCACAAUCUCGCUAUUGAAACUAUUCUAAACGAUGCACAUACAGAACACUACCGUGAGCUCACAAAGACUGUUCGAGUACAAUGUGAAAUAGAACCUGAUUUAAAAGCAGCAGUACUAGUACCAAAUAUAGAGGAAACAAUGCCGAACGAUUCCAUUUUCGAUCACCUACCCAAUACCUUGGAUGGACGUGAUUUUGUUCGUAUAUCGCACCCGAAAGUGACAUUACUUGUAGACACAGGCGAAACAAUUGGCAAAACCAAAAGCAGUCUCGAUCGGACACUUCAAGAACUAACAAAACACUCCAUUGAGCAUGAAGUUCGCCGGUUAAGUGUAGGUGAUUUUGCGUGGAUAGUAAGAGACGAUUCUGGCAGAGAAUUUCUUCUACCAUAUAUACUGGAACGCAAGCGCAUCGAUGAUCUUGCGAGCAGCAUCAAAGAUGGACGGUUUCACGAGCAAAAGUUUCGUUUAAAACAGUGCGGUCUACCAAAUGUAAUCUACCUGAUAGAAAAUUUAGGAAACAAUCGGCAGGUCGGUGUGCCGGAGGUAACGCUUGCGCAAGCGGCACUUAAUACUUACGUCCAGGGGUUCACAGUAAAGUACACGGAAAACCACCUUCACACAGUACUGUAUCUUUCGGUGAUGACGAACUUUCUAAACAAUUCAAUCAAAAAUAAGCUUUAUAAGGAUGUUACUCAACGGCCCUUUUCGGAUGGUAUUCAUCUAUUUGAAAUUUCCAAUCAAACAUUUCCCCUAUUUUUGUUUGAUUAUUUCUACAAAAAAUCUUCGAAAACGCGCGAUUGCACUGUCCGGGACAUCUUCAUGAAGCAACUGCUGCAGAUAAAGUUGCUAACAAUCGAAAAGGUGAACACUAUUGUGGAAAAGUAUCCCACCCCACAGUGUCUGUUCCUUGCUUAUAAAGCUUGUUCCAGUGAAGCAGAACGACAACGGAUGCUAAAUUUGCCUUACGGACCGAUGAAGCGAAUGAUUGGAGAAAAGCUUAGUAAAAUCAUUUAUCAUCUAAUGCUGAGCGAACGGUACUACACUUCUUAA